UGGCUUUGCCUCGGCAGAGAUGUGAAACUCCCAUUGAUUGAUCUCCACUACACUCCCUGCUGACCAGAGAAAACACAGCGAAAGCGAGAGGGGCUUUAAACUGGACUAAUUCUGUCCACCUUUAUUUGACGGAUAAGGUAGCUGUCUGCGCACUCGCAUAAUAUGAACUAACCCGGCGGUAGCACCGUGAAACCGCCGGCGUAACUUGAAAACAGCACAACGUUUGCUAGCUUGUAAUGUCGGCAGUUGGACUUGUUUUCCCCUCUAGACCCCGCUUCCCUUUAGCCUCGGGCUAGCUGGAAAAUCGACAUUAUGCUAAUGAACGAGCAGGUAUAGUUCGCCGAUGCAGAGGGGUGUAACUUCACUGUACAGCGGGUAGUCCGUUUGAAUUUAGCUGCAAUUUAAUCAACGCACCCGUGCCGAUAAGGUUGCUUCACUGUAGGAUACCAGGGCGGCUGGUUUUCUUUUAGUUUGCUAACGCUCGACAGCUAGCCAUCUUGCCUGUGUUUGGGAUUUAAGUAUUAAACCCGUCUAGCAUUUAGCGGCGGAUAUUAACUUCAGUUACAGACGCUUGUUUAUUUUUUACUUCCACAAAUGACGUAUCCGUUUAGAACCCAGCCAGUUUGAGACCAGUGCCUUUAAAACACUUUGUUUUACUGUGGAAAACCCGGCAGCGUUCCUCUGUGAACAGACAAUAGAGAAGCUUAGACUUGCUCAGUUUUGUUCUAGUGUCGAUGAAAACUACUGAUAACAAAACUGCGUUUUCAUUAUAGAAUCAUAAACUGUAUCCUCUUUUUUGGGGGCAAAUGUUAAUGCUUGUGCGCGUAUAUAAGUGGUGAAAUGAAUUAAUAAGCGGAUAUUUUCGUUACGCUGUUGAGGACUGUGCUUCUAGGUAUCUCACCUCAUUAUGUUUAAACAACAGCUUUAAAUGCUUCAGAAAAUACUCGCAGUUGCCGGUCGUCGUCAGCGUUAAUCAGGUGGACCGAGAGACGCGCAGAGGCGGUGUGAAGAGGAAGGGAGGCUCCUGUCCGUUUCUGGACGUCCGUCUCUCUUGCACUACCUUCAUCACGUCCAUCCACUACAGUCCCCUGCUCCUCCCUCCCAGUCAUGGACCCCCCGAGGACUCGGUCGCGGUCUCGGUCUGGCUUCUAUCAUUUCGGCAUGAACGGCGGUGGAGGGAACAGUGGCGGUGGUAGCAAUGUCGGUACCGGCAGCUUGAUGAGCGCCAGCGGAGGAGGGGUGAGCUACCCGCAGCAGAGCAACUCUGGCUGGGCUCCCCACCACGGUGGCCGUAGCUACUCCGAGAGCCAGCAGCAGCAGCAGCAGCACACACAGGGGAGCUACAUGUCCGCAGGGGCUCAACGCCACUCUUCGCUCGGAGCCCACAGACACCCCGGGGCCGGAGGAGUGCUACAUUUUCAUCCAGACAGUGUGUGCAAUGACGAUGGGGACAAAAUGGAAGACAGCCCAAGCCCCAAGAGGCAGCGUCUUUCCCAGCAGUCCAUGUUAGAUCUGAGCUCUGCACCUCCCUCCACUCCAUCCUCUCCCAUACGCCCAUGGGAGCUACCUCCCAGUCGCAGACCACACCCCCACUACAUACCAGAGAGAUGCCACACACCUGUCCGAAACCGUCGCAGCCCUCCAGUGAGACGACAGCGAGGCCGGAGAGAUCGACUGACUCGCCACCACCACCACCACCACGCUCACAACAACCACCAUCACUACAACAGCAGCAACAACAACCACCACCACCACCACCACCACCACCACCAUCAUCACCCCAACGCCCACCAUCAUCAUCACCACCACCACCUGCAUUCCCACCAUGGUCCAUCCUCAGCCCACCAGGAUGAAAACUACCGUCAUCCAGCUCCACCUCAGGGCUUCCCACCUUACAGCCAGCAGCCACCCCGAGGGCCAGGGCCUGACGAGCGCUCAGGAUACCACCCUGCAAACCCUUCCCCCAGGCCCCUCCACCAAUCACCAAAUCUGUCUCCCAGGCUGCUGCACCCUGCAGCCCAUCCACACCCACACCCUCACCCGUCCCAGCAACAGAACAGUGUGGUGCUAGACAUCCAUGAACAGGGUUCCGUUCCAGUAUCAUAUCCUGUGUCUCCUGCGGGGGCCCCACCUGGCCUGCCGCCUCGUUCUGCCCCUCAGCAGAUCCCAGCGUGCUCUGUGGUUUUUAGUGGACAGCACUACCCCGUUUGCAGCGUCCCUCCUCCUGUCCUUCAAACGUGUUCGGUUCAACACUUACCAAUGCCCUACCCCUUCCCAUCAUUGCUGUCCAGUGACCCAGCCUUUCUGCUCCCCCCUCCUCACCUCCCCCACCCAACACAUCUUUCGCACCACCCACCUCAUUUGCCACAGCCUGGACAGUUUGGACCCUAUCCCACACAGCAGGCAAGAUCGCCAUUACAGAGGAUAGAAAAUGAUGUGGAGCUACUUGGGGAGCAUCUAUCUUUGGGUGCUGGGAUCCACUAUCCACCUGCUACCCACCCAGCCCUUACCCCACACUCCACACAACUUCACUUCCUCUCCCAUGACCCCUUACCACAGGAGUUCUUUGGAGUGUCCUAUCCAAACUUCAUUCCUCGACGUCUCCCUGGGCGACGGUAUCGUUCACAACAGCCACUGCCACCUUCGCCUUACCACCCCAGCCUCCUGCCUUACUUCCUUUCAAUGCUGCCAGUCCAGCCCACAGGUCCUGCGAUCAGCUUAGAGCUGGAUGUUGACGAUGGAGAGGUGGAAAACUAUGAGGCCCUCCUGAACCUCGCAGAGCGCCUGGGAGAGGCCAAACUCAGAGGACUGACCAAGGGAGACAUUGAACAGCUUCCCUCCUAUCGGUUCAAUCCAAAUAACCAUCAGUCUGAGCAAACAUUAUGUGUGGUAUGUAUGAGUGAUUUUGAGUCCCGCCAGCUGCUGCGAGUCCUGCCUUGCAGCCACGAGUUCCACGGGAAGUGUGUUGACAAAUGGCUGAGGGUAAGUACACACUGCACUGUUUCUCCUCCUGGGGCUGAACUUUUCAAGUCAAAGUGUAAGUCUCUAUUUUUUGGGGGGUUAAGUGUCCAGGCAGUGCCACUUUUGCGGUCUCAGUUUUUAAGAACCAUGUUCACUUGAAUGAAUUGACGCUUGCACCUAUUUAGAAGUGAAGUGAAGUGAGAAUUUCGCUUCUUAAAAAAUCCUGUUCAGUAACAGAAAUGAACAUCAGGCUUGUGUCUGAAUGUUCCUUAAUUCAGUUUAAAAGAGUCUGAAAUCUGAAAACCACACUAAACCCCAGUAAAGGAUCAUCGGAACAAUCUGUCAACAUGUGAUCUCCCUCUGAAAAUGAUAAAAGUGGCCUUUUACUGCCAAGUUACUGUGGUGAUUGUAACAUAGUCUUGUGAUUUUAGAGGGAUCAGGCUUUGCACAAAGCCUCCUGGUGAAUUUUCAUGUUUAGUGACUGUUCAAGUGUAAAGUUUUGAGACUAAGUAUUUUGUGAUUCACGUCAUGACUGAAAGUCCAUCCUGACUCUGAACCCUAACUUCUUCCCUCUGUGUCUCUUCAGGCUAACAGAACGUGCCCCAUUUGUCGGGCCGAUGCCUCAGAGGUUCAACGAGACUCAGAGUGACCACAUGAAGGUGCCAGACUCUCCGCUGUCUGUCUGACACAUUCAGUACUGCCUGCUCCGAUUCUCAUGACACACAUGGGUGCUUGUUGUAUACACACACACACCAUUUCUCUCUUUGUACAGCACACUCGUCUGUUUUCUCUCUUUGAUUUUCUCACUUCUCACAGUUACGUGCAUCACCCUGUGAGAAUUUCUCUUGCUCAGCUCUUUUACCGUCUGUCAUCUUUCCUUUAAAUGUACAAACACAGGGUCCUCGCAAUUGACCCACCUUACUGCAGUGAUGUGUGUGUGUGAGAGAUUGGGACAGAGUGUAUGUUUGUGUGCAUACAUGCACCUGAAAUGUUCAGUAUCGUAUGGUCAGACUUAUGGUGCUGGCUGUGAUGUGUGUACGUGCGUGCGUGUGUGUGUUUGGCAGAUUAAUAGGUGUCCUGGAGCAUGCCUGAGUUCCUGUUGUGUGUCACACAACACUAACAACAUCUGAGGUUUUUUUUUGUCAUCCUGAGUUUACUAUGUUUAUGCACUGUGUGUGUGUGUGUGUGUGUUAUAGACUUUGAUCCUUUUCUUUAGUUUGACACUAAGGGUCCAUGCUGCCACUCAUUUACCUAUUUGUUUGGUUUGUUUCAGCAAAAUUAUUAUUAUUAUUAUUAUUAUUAUUAUUGUUGUUAUCAGUUAUAGGUGAUUGUUUCCUGCCCAGCUGUUACCUCAUCAUUCCGGCUUUGGUUAUCUUUGAUUACAAGCGCUUUACGGCACCACUUUUGAAAUUAAGCACAUUAUAUUAUGCAGUUUUCUUUUUUCGUUAUUUUAUUAGAAACAAUAAGUUUGUUUGUGACUUUACAAUGGCACAUGUGUUACAUAUUAUACAUAUAUACACUGUAUAAAUCUAUGAAUAUCUGUAUACCAAAUAAAAGGCUUAAUAUUAACUUUUUAAA